AUGGUUCUUCCCCUUAAUGUAUUUUACACCCUCAUACCCAUUACCCUCUUCUCGCUCCUUCUCCCUAUUGUGUCGUCGGCCCUUAACGAUAACAAAGCAAAAAACUACAUCAUCCAUGUGAAGAAGAUGAAUCCAAGCUCGACAGGCGGUGCCGAAACCCAAGACACAAUCAGGAGCUACCACAAGUCAUUUCUUCCCCAAGGAGCCAAACACUCGCUCAUCCACUCGUACAAGCAUGCCAUGAGUGGAUUCUCGGCAAGAAUAACAGCCAAACAAGUUAAAAUCAUCAGGGAGACAGAAGGCGUUAUCUCGAUCCUCCCAGAUAGUACAUCCCAGCCACUGACAACUCGUUCCCCAGGAUUUCUGGGGCUGAACCAGUGGAGUGGAGCCUGGCCGCAGACGGGGCUCGGCGAUGGAGUCGUCCUCGGGGUCAUCGACGGCGGGAUUACCCCGGGCCACCCCUCAUUCAAUGGCUCCGGCAUGUCGCCCCAGCCUACCAGCUGGAAGGGGAGGUGCGACCUGCCUGACAAGUCUGGGUGCAACAACAAAGUCAUAGGCGCUCGGGCUUUCCAAGGGAGAAACACCUCCGCCUUGCCGGUGGACAGUUACGGACACGGGACCCACACGGCCAGCAUAGCCGUCGGGGCCUUUGUUCCCGACGUAAGCAUCCAAGGCAACACCGCUGGGACCGCGUCCGGGAUGGCCCCACGCACUCACCUCGCGGCGUACAAAGUUUGCUUUGCUGGAGAUUGCCAAGGAAACGACAUUCUAGCCGGUAUUGACGCCGCCAUCGAGGAUGGGGUGGACGUGCUGUCCAUAUCCGACGGGCAGUUUUGCGGCGGCCAAGAAAGGAAUCCUCACGAGCGCGGCGGGGGGAACGACGGUCCUUCCGCCUCGACGGUGGUCAACGACACGCCCUGGCUUCUCACCGUCGGGGCAAGCACGAUCGAUCGAAGGAUUCGGGCCACGGCGAAGAUGGGAAAUGGAUUGGCGUUUGACGGGGAGUCCGUGUUCCAGCCCGGAAACUUCUCUUCUCAAAAGUUGUGGCCGCUCGUCUACUACAAUGGGUCGUCGUUGGCGGGGUUCGAUGUUAGGGAGAAGAUUGUGCUGUGCGACAGAGAUUCUAUAACUUCAUCGGCAGAGGAAGUUAAGAAUGCUGGUGGGGCCGCCGUGAUACUGGCCAACACCGAAGAUGCUGGGUUUAUCCACGAGUCUUAUCUCGUCGACUUACCAUCCACGACAGUGUCCUUUCUGGCGGGCCAAGAAAUAAAGGCCUACAUAACGUCAACAUCCUCCCCGAUGGCAACAAUCUCGUUCGAGGGGACAGAGCUCGGGAACCCGAUUUCUCCCGCCGUCUCAUAUUUCUCGUCCAGGGGGCCCAGCAAGCAAGCUCCUGGGGUUUUGAAACCGGACAUCAUUGGGCCGGGCGAGAACAUUGUGGCCGGGUCAAAUCAUCUGAGCCCGUAUAGUUUAGGGAUGACAUUCACGAUGGUGUCGGGCACAUCAAUGUCGUGUCGUCAUCUCAGUGGGGUCGCGUCCCUGAUCAAGAGUGCCCACCCCGAGUGGUCGGCAGCGGCCGUGAAAUCAGCUAUCAUGACCACCGCGUACCUCGUCAAUGCCCAUGGAGUACCGAUUCUCGACCAGAAACUUACUCCGGCCAAUAUCUACGCAGCGGGGGCCGGCCAUGUCGACCCGAAUAGGGCGCUGGAUCCUGGUCUGAUUUACGACAUUGAAAUGGAUGAGUACGUCCCGUUUUUGUGCGGCUUGGGGUACACAGAGGACCAGGUGCAGAUGAUCACACAGCAGCCAGUCAAUUGCUCGUCGAGAAUCUCUCAGGGACAGCUGAACUACCCCACGUUCUUGGCUUCGCUCGGCUCGUCCCAGAAUUUCUCCCGAACCGUCACCAAUGUGGGAGAGCCUGUAUCGUGUUACUCCGUCAGCGUAGUCAACCCCUUGGGUGUGAGUAUUGUCGUGAGGCCAUCGAGGAUGUGUUUCACGAGGUUGAAGCAGAAGGCGACGUACUACGUGACGUUUCACCCAAGGAAGAACGACAACGGUUGGGGGAAUAAUGAAACUGUUGCACAAGGCUUCUUGCUCUGGGAAUCAGGAAAGCACAGAGUCAUGAGUGUUAUAGCUAUCAACAUGACUGGACAAGACUUCUAA